AUGGAGACAUCGAUAUCGCCCCAGUCGGCGUCGGCGCAGCGUGCGCGGAAAAGGAGCAAGGUCACGCGAGCGUGCGACACGUGCAAAGCACGAAAGAAGGCCUGCACGGGCGAAAUGCCCUGUAAAUUCUGCCUCUACUCAUCUCUGACCUGCACCUACAAUGUCCCAUACCACCGAGGUAUCGCUGCCGCCCCGGUGGCCUCGACGACGACGACGGCGACGGGCGGCGGAGGUGGUGGAAUACCCAGCAGGAAAAGGCCUCGUCCUCGUGGCCAUUCCUUGUCCACCUCGACCUCGACCUCGAGUUCCCAGGAUCCAAACUCCGGAGACGGAGACGAAAACGGAAACAGGUACCCAGGUCAAGGUCUCACUUCUGCCCAUUCUUUCCUGGAGCGAGCGGUGAGAAAGCUCUACUGCUCACGACGCGUGGUGGACACGGCGUCGGAGGACGGCCCUGUGUCGAUAUUCUCGUACGGCGAUCGACCGGGUCCGGCCCCGACCACGCAGAGGUCGGGGUCCCAGAUGCCGAUGCAAUGGCCGCCGAGAGCGGAGGUCGACUAUUUGGUCGCACGCCAUUUCGAGUUUGUGGCCCCGACCUAUCGACUGUUGCAUCGAGGCACGGUGGAAGGAUGGGUGGAUCUUGUUUUCAGCCAACAGCAACAGGACACAGAAAGGUCAAGACCGGCCACAGGGCUGGGUGUUUCGUCGGCCGCCAAGGCGAUCAUAUUGGCCAUGUGUGCCGCGGCGUCGUUGUUCUACAACGUGCAUGACCAUGACCGGCCUGGGCAGCAUGCACACGCUUCCCCGUCGGAUGGUCAUGGACAUGGCCAACCCGGCGAGACAUACUAUGAGAUGGCGGAGGAGCUUCUCGCGCACGAACACGGCCCGCCGAGUCUCGAAUCCGUGCAAGCGCGACUUCUCACCGUCUUGUACCUGCUCAACACGUCGCGCGUGAACCGAGCCUGGUUCAAAUUUGGCCCCACGGUACAACUGCUGACGGCGCUGGGCAUGCACCGCAAACAAGGGCAAGGACAAGGACAAGGGCGUGCACCACCCAGGCCGGUGCCGUCGGUGUCGUCGGGCCCGGUGACGCUGGAAUGCACCAAACGCGUCUUUUGGUGCUGCUUCCUCCUGGAUCAAUACUUGGGUCUCAUCACCGGCCGACCACGCCUGCUCCACGAGGAGGACAUCGACCAGGACUACCCGCGGCUCAUCAACGACGAGAAUCUCGACGCCCACGUCCAGCCAUCCGGGGAUCCAUCGCAAGGCCCAUCUCGAUCCCGACCUCGUCCCCUUCACCUGCCGGCGCGCGAUUGUCUCAUGCAUGCCCCGGUCUGCCACGCCAAAAUCGGCUGCAUCUUGGCCCAAGGCUGCCGACAGCUCUACUCGAUCCGGCGCAUCGACCGAGAACAGGAGACCGUCAUCAUCGGCUCCCUCAUGGACCAGAUCCGUCACUGGCACUCGGAGCUUCCUCCCUUGCUGGGCGACUCGGUCUGCCCCAGCAGCCUGGUGUCGACGUUCCAACGCCAGCUGACCGUCAUUCGCCUGGCGCGAUAUCAUGCCGUCAUGUUUGUGACGCGGCCACUGCUCCUUCGAGAUUACGCCACGACGGCGACCACCACCACCACUGAGCCGCCGGAAUAUCCCCUCCUCCGACAGUACCUCCGGUCGUGCAUCACGACGGCUCGGGACACGCUCGACUUUAUGCUCGAGCUCGUGCAAGAAAAUCUCCUAUUCCCGUCCUUCUGGUACACGCAGUACAUUGCCUUCAAUGCCCUCUCGAUCGUCUACGUGUGCCUGAUCCACACCAAAUGGGGCCGCAUCCCGCACGCCUGGUUGUUUGCCGACACCGACGCCGAAGCCGACGCCGACAUGGCGCUCAACCCGGCCACGUUGUACAGAUUGGCCGAAGAGGUCCAAUACCAUCUCGGCCAGGCCUCCAAGAGCAACGCCGUCGCCUGGAGAUACAACAUUGUGCUGGACACGUUGCGCGAGGAGGUGACGGCUCAAACUGCGAGUACUAGUACUGGUACUGCCACUGCCACUGCCACUGCCACUGCCACUGCUACUGCUACUGCUGCCGCCCUCCAAGACGAGGUCCGGUCGGCGCAGAGGUCGUCCUCCUCUACCCAGACCCAGACCCAUGCUGACAACAGCAACAGCAACAACAACAACAACCGGAACUAUCUCAAUCUAUCGUCCGUUUCCCUCCCAUUUCCAUUUCCACUUCCACUUCCGGACGAGAGCCACGGCGAAUCCAUCUUUGAAUCCUUCCAGGCUGCCGAGCAGCCCAUCAUGAAUUGGGAAAGCUUCCAGGACCCUUCGGUCUUUGAUCCCCGGGGUGGGGAUAGGGAUGCCUUGGGCGGGUUUUUCAUCCCGUCGGGUCCUUCUGAGGAUCUCGGCUUUGGGUUUUGGGCCCAGAGUUGA